GUAGACGUUUUCGGAUCAAUUAGGUACUUUUAUUAUACUCGUUCUCAAAUUAUGAAACGUGCCAGUUACAUUUCAAGUUACCGAAACCGUGAUGCAAUAAAAAAUAAAAAUCUUACGCGCCACAUUCGAUAUUUGAAAUUUAAAUUUUUGAAUUGUGCGUUCUGUCAACACUGCGUUUGUUUGAAUUUAUUUUUUAUCAGGGUAUUUGCUCAAAUCCCCGCUAUCACGUAGUUUUUAUCAAUGAUUUAGCCGGUGAGUGCGAAAGAAUCCGACCUAGAACGUUGUACAAGUUUUUAAUGAGGAAACUGGCAUUUCCUGAAAUCGUUUUAACAGUUUCGGUCUUCAGUGUUCCUAACUAGCUGUUCGUGAAGUGUAGUGAAAUUUGGUGUUAUGUCUUCAAUUUUGGGCAUGGGAGCGAGUUUGGAGAGGUCUUUUGAUACGUACAUCAAGAAAAUGAAGGGAUACACUAUUUUAGAUGAUAUCGGCGGGGACUCCACUUACAACAUGGCGUCCAUAAACUCCAGCGGGGAAUUGAAAAGCCCCGGGGACCCCCCGGACAAGAAGGUAGCUGACGUCGAUGCUGAAAAACAACCGCUAUCCGGGAAAAAAGAAGAAAGAUGGUGGAGCACACUGAUGCAGGUGGCUGUGCCGUUCUUCAUCGCCGGCUGCGGCACCAUCGGAGCUGGUCUCGUGCUGGGAACAGUCAGGGACUGGGACGUGUUCCUGAACGUGUCCGCCAUCUUUGUUCUCGUGCCAUCUCUCUCUGGACUUAAGGGUAACCUUGACAUGUGUCUCGCGUCUCGGCUGUCGACGCAAGCCAACCUGGGCAACAUGGAGUCAACCAGGGAAGUCAUGUCCAUGGUCAUCGGAAACAUAUCACUGGUCCAGGUGCAAGCGAUAGUAGCGUCAUCCGUGGUGUCGGUCUUCGCGAUAGUGGUCAACUCCAUCACGGAGCGGGGCAUCCACGGGCCGUACGUACUGCUCAUCACGGCGUCCGCCAUCUUUACUGCCACCACCACCUGCUUUGUGCUUGACUUCGUGAUGGUGAUGGUGAUCUACGGCUCUCACAAGUUCAAGGUGAACCCUGACAACGUGGCGACGCCUCUAGCGGCCUCUAUCGGAGACAUCGUCAGCAACUCCGUGCUCGCUGUGACAGCCCAGUACAUGUACGAGCAAAUACAGGUCUCUCUAUGGCAGCCUAUCACGCUCAUGUGCGUUUACUACUGCCUCCUGCCUCUCUGGGUGUUCGUGGUAUGGAAGAACAAAUACACCAAGAAAGUCCUCACCACUGGAUGGACUCCUGUCAUAUCAGCUCUCUUCAUCAGCGGUAUCGGAGGUAUCGUACUCGACCAGGCCGUGGAUAGGUACCGAGGGUACGAAGUCUUCCAGCCCAUCGUCAACGGCAUCGGAGGCAACCUGGUCUGCGUCCAGUCCUCGAGACUCGCCACGCACUUGCAUCAGACCGCCAUUCCUGGACAGCUGCCUGAAGGCACCAGGAUCUUGGAGUGGCCGUGGAAGACGCUGUUCUUCGGAACUAAGGCUGCUAAAGUGGCUCGCAUGCUGAUCAUCCUGGCCCUGUUCGGUCAGAUCAUCUUCAUGACAGUAGCCGACUUCGUCUACCAAGGAGUGGUGACCAUUCAAGUGGCGUUCGGUGUUACCUACCUCAUGUGCUCUAUGUUACAGGUUAUGGUGCUCUUAUACCUGGCAUACAUGCUCAUCCAUCUGAUGUGGCAGAAAAAGAAGGACCCUGACAAUGCAGCUAUCCCUUACCUCACUGCCUUAGGUGACCUGCUAGGAUCAGUCUUCUUAGGUCUUGCCUUCGUCGUCCUGUCCAUGUUUGGAAUGGAAUACGGUAACAACGUCCUGUGAGCUGUUCCAAAGUUUUAUCCUACGCUGGAUGUUAUUAUUUUCUUGUGAUUCUUUUCUAAAGGAUGGAGUUGGAAGGUGCAAAUUGGUGUCAACGUUGUCUGCACUCGUAGAAUUGCACAAAUCAUUAAAAACGUUGAUAUGGCAGUAAAUCUUUGGUUACGUAAAUUCAUAUAACUCGAGAAUUUUGAAAAUAUUCUCGUCAAUACUUAGACUUGAACGUUGAUAAAAUGGUUGCCAUAUCAACGACAGUUAUUGUCUGCCAAUUUUUUUAUUGUUGCGAUGUUUCUGUUAAUACAGUAAAUUAUAUUUCUUUUUAGAUGCAUGUAACGUAUUUCACCAAAUUAGCUUUACUUGGUUGUAGUUGUGUAUUAGCCUUUUAUUUGAGAUAAAAGUUUACAUUUUUAGUAAGAAAUACGUACCUUAUGGAAUUUUAACCUUGAGCAGUAUUGAAAAAUAAUGAAAUAGAAAGUAUUAGUGUUUAUGGUGCCAAUGUGUUUACAUGGAUGACAUGUUAUUGUAUAGUGCACAACUCAAUUAUCAUCCUAGUUGUUAUUCUUCCAUGUUUUGAAGAAGAGCAUUGUGCUUAGUGGUAUCUCGCUCUCUCGCUCUGACCUUUUGUAUUCUAAGAAUGAGAGUAGCUCCGUCUGUGAUAUGUACCCAAAAAUGUGAUUUAUUGCAAUUACUAUCUUUUAAAACUUGACACCAUGUUUUUCGAGGAGGACAAUAAAUUAACCGUUGUGGGAUAUUUUGAAUAUUAUUGACAAAUUAAGUGGGGCGUGAUAUUUUAUUCGACGAUGCUAUCUAUUUAUUGACUAUGAUGUUUUUCCAACUUUUAAAUCUUUAUUUCUAUUCUUUCUAAAACUUUUUAUGUUAAGCCCUUUUUAAAGCAUGUUAUAUUAUUUUAUUAUGUGUUUAUUUUAACUAAACUUCGAAAACUUAACGAUUAGGAUCAAUUCAAAUUGUCAUAUUUUUCGGUAGAUUUUGUCUAUGAGUAGUUAGCAUAUUCGAAGUGUAAAUUGCAAUUAUCCUAGUAAAUUGUAGAUAUUGUUGAAUGUAAAUAGUUUUUGCGUAAUAUUAGCAUGUAACCGCUAUACCUGUGCCGUUUGCUAAUGUGAUAUAGCAGUAUAUUAUAGCUGUACUAUUUGGUUUCUGAAUUUAAUACCUACUGACUUAGAAUAAAACUAGGUUUUUAGUUUUAUUCUAUUGUUUUUUUUUAUUUGUUUACUUUAGACUCAAAAUUAUGAGAUUUAAAUCAUUUUAACGAACUUUUUAUUCGUUCAUUUUAUAAUUCAGGAGCCAAUAAAGUUACCUAUAGACGUAGUAUAGUUUAGAAAAAGAGUACAAUAAAGCAAUUACGUAGAUAAGGUACGAGGCCUAAAUUAUGUAAUUUAUUAUAAUAAUGAUUAAUCUUCUAGUUUAAGAGAGCAUUUUAUGAGUGAAUAUUAUUAUUAAGGAAAAUAUAUUGUGAGUGUGUGAUGAGAUCUCAGUAUAAAAAAUGAAAUCAAUAAAAUAAAAUUCUUCAA